AUGGCCGUCCUCACCACCUCGCCAGCCCGCAUCGCCAGCCCGGCUUUCCCACCCCCCGCCAGCCCCGAUGCGGCCUGUCCGCGCUGCGGCUCCUCCCGCCCCCACGACCUGACCCGCGCCCAGGCCCGCAUCGCCGAGCUCGAGGCCCAAGUCGCCCAGCUCACCAACAAGGCAGCCCAGGCCGUCGUCUCCCGCUGGGCCGACUGCGAGGCCCAGCUGCGCGCCCCGCGCUCCCAGCCGCCCUCCACGCCCGCGCAAGCGGAACCGGCGCCGCCGUCCCCCACGACGACGACGACGACGACGACGUCUCUCCUGCAGCGCACGUCGCGCCUCUCGUCCUUCCUCUACGCGCGCAAGCCGACCCCCGCCCUGCGCGUCGACGUUCACCGCCAAAACUCCCUCCCGCUCCCGAACCUCCAUGCUCUCGCCUCGCCGGCCGCCUCGCCGACCCCGUCCGCCGAGGACCUGAUAGAGGCGCUGACCAGGGAGAAGACGCUGCGCCAGGAGGCCGAGGGAAGGCUGACUUCCACCAGCAAGGAGGUCGAGGAGCUGAGCGCGAGCUUGUUCGAGCAGGCCAACGAGAUGGUGGCCGACGAGAGGCGUGCCAGGGCCAAGCUGGAAGAGAGGGUCGACGAGCUGGAGAAGAGAGACAAGGAGAAGAGGAGGAGGCUGGAACGGUUGGAGGGCGCCCUGGAGAGGAUCGAAAAGGUGAGGAGGAUGCUCGACGAGUGA